CAACAGACCAGUAGACAAAUGAGUCGGAUUGAUCCACCAGAUUACAGUAACGAGCUAUGACUUCUAAAUCUUCUGCAAAGCUGACCUUCGAGGAAACUUCAACCCCGGCGCAAGGCAAAGGGUCAGCUCCAAAACACAAGUUUGAAGGACACGAGGAGACGAUUUUGGGGUUCGUCUUCUUGCAAGACAAUGUCCACAUUGUGAGUGGUUCAUCGGACGGCACUAUGCGCAAGUGGAACUGCGACACGGGACUUCUCGUCGGGGAACCAUGGAAGAGGAAUGGGGGAGGUAUAUGUGCACUGGCGCUUUCACCGGAUGGGAAGACAAUUGCUUGUGGGAGAGAGGACGGAAGCGUUCAGCGGUGGACUACCAAUGGGGAGAUGAUCGAAGGCGUUUGGACGGGUCACAGCAAGGCGGUGUGGUCGUCCUCGUGGUCACCUAGCGGAAGUCAUAUUGCCAGCGGGUCCAGAGAUGGAACAAUUCUCAUUCUAAAUGCAAGAAGUGGGAAAGUCAAGGUGGGCCCGAUUGAGACGAAACAAGGCUGGGUGUGGAGUCUUGCAUAUUCACCUUCGGGUGACAGAAUCGCAUCUGGCGGGGACAAGAAAACAAUUUGCGUCUGGGACACGAAGACCGGCGAGCUUGUUGUUGGCCCCAUCGAAGGCUUGGGGAACUCUGUGACGUCGUUGGUGUGGUCGUCAGACAGCACAAAACUGUACUCCGCAUCCGACGAAUUCGCACGUGUUUUCAACAGCACAUCAGGCAAACUACUCCAUCGCUUUAAAUUCAAGCACCGAAAUAUCGAUGCAUCCGACGAAUUCGCACGUGCUUUCAACAGCACAUCAAGGGCCUGGCUGCCCCCCAACGAAUUUGAAAGUCAUCUCGACAACACACCAGAACUAGUAUAUCACCAUAAUAUCUUGCAUUCCAUCGCCCUUUCACCCACACACAAUGUCCUGGCAUGUGUGGGCGCCAAUGGCGUUGCACAGCUUUGGGACACAGGGUCCCACCAGCAACUCGGCCAGCCAUUGCACGAGGAUCACAGAUUCACCCUUCGCUGCGUGUCGUUCUCUCCAGACGGGAGAUACGUAGCAUAUGGCGGAUACGACAAGAAACUUACUCUAUGGAUGCUCAAAGACAUAGCUCCUCAGCUUCCAGCACCCGCACUACUUCAGUUUCUACCACCCACACUACUUCAACAAAGUGACCGACAAAGCACACAGGAGGAAACUCGGUCUAACUCCCCAUUAUCGUCUUGUCUGGAUGCUGAUGCUACGGGAGGUGGUGGCUUCAUCGAUGAUGCGCACGACGAUCCGUACAACAACAAUUUCUUCCAGUCUUCGCAGCAAUCUCUUCCAUCGCCAUCGCCUGGCAUCCAUGUCCCUUCCUUGUUUUCGGCUCGCCGCCUCUGGAAUGUCAUCUCUCGACGUCGCCCACCAGAUGAGUCUGUUCCGCGAGAACGCUCCAGACGUGGUUUCUUCGGUCGUCGUGCUCGCUCAAACUCGUCCCUGGAGCUCGCAACUACGAUACCCAACCAACCAGUGCCAGAAGGGGAAGGCGAACAACGUGAAACUGUUGAUGACCGCGGUUCCGUACAUGGCUCACUCAGCGCCAGAAAUGAUGAAGGUAGACAGCGAGAUGAUCCUCUCGCAGACGCGCGGAGUCCACUGUCUGAUGAUCGUACUUCCACCACCCACCUGCAUAGCAAAGAUCAUCGAACACUCUGGAAACGGCUACUGCAGGCUCGAGGGAAGAACUCCACAUCUGGUUCCCUACAUCCCAGUACUCGACCUGCUAAUGCGCCCCAACAAAUAGUGCACAAUCCCUGGCACUGGAAUUCCAGCUCAUUUCCAGCAGGGUUUUUCAGACGUCCUGUCGAUGUUGCUGCUUGCCGCGAGGAAGAUAGAUACGGCAUUACCCCUGAAACUGAUGCGGAAGCGGCCGCAGCUAUGCUACGCACGAAUGACGAUGUGGCCAGCAGUUCAACGCGACCAGGUCAACCUGCAGUGGUGGUACAUGUUUCCCAAGGACGGCCCACACAAACACAAGCCUCGACAAACGGGCCAGAAGAAAUUGCAGUAAGCUGUUGUGGAUUUGUCGUUAGCCUGAGCUGUCGUCGUUCCGACUCGCAUCAGCCAUGAGUUCAUUUACUGAGGCAUUUCAUUGACCUAGUUCUUUUAUGUACAUUGUAUAUGGACUGCAUAUCUCAUACUCAGCUUUGCGACGUCCUCAUAGAUUUACACGAGCAGUAUUAUAUUCAUACAGAGUUGUCCACGGUGCACUGUCACUCACUCGUUCGCGAUUGUACUUUCUUCACCCACCUGCUUGUACCUCUGGUCAAGGCCAAUUAAACAAAACCGGGCAUAUGAUGAAUUUA